AUUCUCAUCCAAGCGGACUCCGACAAUCUGACAUUUAAGAAUAGUGAGGUUAGGAUAUGACACUAUCUGACACGUAUUUGGAGUUUUCUUAUAGAAAUUACAUGUAUUGGUAGGCUCCGCCAAAUUAGAUAAAUUACUGAAAUAAUAAAGGUGAAUAUUCUGAAAGAACCUACAGAAUGGCUGCUGUAGAGCAACCCUGUUAUACUCUCAUAAACGUACCUAUAGAUUCAGAGCCCUACAGUGAAUUACAGCUAAAACAUGAUUUAGAAAAAGGAGAUGUGAAAGUUAAGAUUGAAGCUCUAAAGAAAACGAUUCACAUGAUUUUGGCUGGGGAACGUUUACCUCCAGGUCUCUUAAUGAUUAUAAUUCGUUAUGUUCUUCCUCUUCAAGAUCAUACUGCAAAAAAAUUACUCUUAAUAUUCUGGGAAAUCGUCCCCAAAACAACUCCUGAUGGAAAACUUUUACAAGAAAUGAUUCUUGUUUGUGACGCAUACCGAAAAGAUCUGCAGCAUCCAAAUGAGUUCUUGCGUGGAUCAACCUUACGUUUUUUAUGUAAACUCAAAGAACCUGAACUCUUAGAACCUUUGAUGCCAUCAAUCAGAUCCUGCUUAGAACAUAGGCAUUCAUAUGUACGUAGAAAUGCAGUUCUAGCCAUUUUCACAAUUUAUCGAAACUUUGAAGCCUUGAUCCCUGAUGCACCAGAACUCAUAUCAAAUUAUUUGGAUGGUGAGCAAGAUAUGUCGUGUAAGAGAAAUGCAUUUUUGAUGCUUCUUCAUGCCGAUCAGGAAAGGGCCCUAUCAUAUUUAGCUUCUUGCUUGGAUCAAGUUACUUCAUUUGGAGAUAUUUUACAACUAGUUAUUGUUGAGUUGAUUUACAAAGUGUGUCAUAAUAAUCCUGCAGAGAGGUCUAGAUUUAUAAGGUGCAUUUACAAUUUAUUGAACUCCAGCAGUCCCGCAGUAAGAUAUGAAGCAGCAGGAACAUUGGUCACCUUAUCUACUGCACCUACUGCUAUUAAAGCUGCUGCAAGUUGCUAUAUUGAACUUAUCAUAAAAGAAAGUGAUAACAAUGUUAAACUUAUUGUCUUAGAUAGGCUUAUUGCUUUGAGGGAACACCCAACUCAUGAAAAAGUUCUUCAAGAUUCGGUUAUGGACAUACUGAGAGUUCUUGCCAGUCCUGAUCUUGAGGUUCGUAAGAAAACACUUGCUUUGGCAAUGGACUUAGUUUCGUCCAGGAAUAUUGAAGAAAUGGUUUUGGUAUUGAAGAAAGAGGUAUCUAAAACACAUGAUGUAGAGCACGAAGAUACUGGAAAGUACAGACAAUUGCUGGUUCGUACUUUACAUCAGUGUUGCAUUAAGUUUCCGGAUGUAGCAGUUUCUGUCGUACCAGUUUUGGUUGAAUUUUUGUCAGAUACAAAUGAACUAGCAGCAACAGACGUCAUGAUUUUUAUCAGAGAAGUUAUUCAGAAGUUUGGAAACUUACAACCGCUCAUUAUCGAGAAAUUAUUGGAGGCUUUCAGUGACAUAAAGAGUGUGAAAGUUCAUCGUGCUGCCCUCUGGAUUCUUGGUGAAUAUGCAUCAACUUCUACAGAUAUAGAAGUGGUAAUGAAACAAAUUGUAACUAACCUGGGAGAAGGUGCUUUGGUUGAUCUGGAACAAAAACUGAUAUCUGGUGAAGAAGAAGCUCAAGUUAGUAAUAAUGCUCAGCAAACGCAACAAACUACAUUGGUUACAUCUGAUGGAACUUAUGCUACUCAAUCUAUCUUCAGUACUGCACAAAAACCGAAAAAAGAAAAAAGACCUCCACUUAGACAGUAUCUCAUGGAUGGCGAUUUCUUCAUAGGAGCGGCUAUAGCUUCUACCAUCACAAAGUUGGCUUUGAGAUACGGUAAUCUACCUAAUUUGAGCCCCAAACAGAAAAAUCAUUUUGAUGCAGAAGCCAUGCUCUGUAUGGCUGGUAUUAUCCACCUGGGAAAGUCAGGUCUACCUGCUAAAGCCAUCACUAAUGAUGACAGAGACCAUAUCCUCUUCUGUCUCAGAGCACUCUCUGAUCGCUCUCCUUCUAUUCUCAACAUUUUCUCAGAAUUGUGUCGAUUCUCCUUGAACGAGAUGCUUCUAGCAAAGGAGAAAGAAGAUGCUUCUAAUCAGAAAGCAAAAGAGAAAAUCGGCAAAGUUAUACAGGCCGAUGAUGCCAUAAAUUUCUUGCAACUCCAGACUGAUAAAUCCAAUGAAUUGGGAGAGAAUAUGUUUGAAACGUCUUUGUCUCAGGCAUUGGCUGGUGGAAGGAUUGGAGGAUCCGAUGCAGCAUCUUCUGUCAGCAAGCUGAAUAAAGUAACCCAAUUAACUGGUUUCUCAGAUCCGGUCUAUGCAGAGGCAUAUGUUCAUGUUAACCAGUAUGAUAUUGUUCUUGACGUUUUAAUCGUGAAUCAAACCAAUGAUACACUCCAAAAUUGUACUCUAGAACUGGCUACAUUAGGCGAUUUGAAGCUUGUUGAAAAGCCCCAGCCCGUUGUUUUGGCACCUAAAGAUUUUUGUAAUAUCAAGGCUAACGUUAAAGUAGCAUCAACAGAGAAUGGAAUUAUAUUUGGAAAUAUUGUUUACGAUAUCACAGGAGCCGCUUCAGAUAGAAACGUUGUGGUCCUGAAUGAUAUUCAUAUUGAUAUUAUGGAUUAUAUCGUUCCAGCUACCUGCAGUGACACUGAAUUCAGGCAAAUGUGGGCGGAGUUUGAGUGGGAGAAUAAGGUUUCUGUCAACACUACACUCACAGAUCUUGCUGAUUAUUUGAAGCACUUAGUGAAGAGUACUAACAUGAAAUGUCUCACACCUGAAAAGGCACUGUCAGGACAAUGCGGAUUCAUGGCAGCCAACAUGUACGCAAAGUCGAUUUUCGGAGAAGAUGCUUUGGCCAAUUUAAGCAUCGAAAAACCUUUCAAUAAGCCAGAUGCCCCAGUAACUGGACACAUUCGUAUCAGAGCUAAAAGCCAGGGAAUGGCUCUCAGUUUGGGGGAUAAGAUCAAUAUGACUCAGAAGGUUCAACAAAGUAAAUUGGUAGUUGCUACUUGAUUAAGCAUAUAAG